CAGCCAUUGGCAGCUGGAGCGUCCAUUUCGAAGACAGGGCGACGCACUUUUCAAUCCUCGCCCGAUGACCGACGUCUUCUCGCACGAAGCGUUCCGGCGCAGCCUCCAGCGCGACUUUGACUUGACGGCCGCGAUCGCCGAGCUCAACAAAUGCCUCGUCCAGCCACGCCAGGUGUUUGAAGUCUACAACGGCCUCGACGAUGACGUGAGCCACACGCCGCUCUUCUAUAUCCUCGACGCCGACCCGCGCGUCCAGCGCAAGCUGCUUCCUACGCAGCUCUUGCAGCACCCAGUGCUCCGACAAGUGAUUGCGAUGAAGUGGCAGAACUUUGGCCUUCGGCGGUACUCCGAACAACUCGUCAUGUACAUGCUCUUGCUGCUCUCGAUGGGGCUCACGACCACCGAGUCGUGCGCACCGACGUUCAUCGCCCUCGAGAUUGCACUGGGGCUCGUCUACGUGGCGUGCCGAGGCUUGCGCUAUCCCACGCGGCACUGCUUUGCACUCGCGACUGCGUUUGUCGUCGCUCUCGUCAUCGUCACGCUCCCGCCGGUGCUUGAGGCCCACGCCUCCCGCGCCGCACUUGCCACCAUGACGCACCUCGUGCUGCUUUUCUCGGCGCUCUAUUUUGCCAUCUUUGAGCUUAACGAGAUGUUUGCUGAAGUCGAUCCGACCAACCGCGAACUCGACUUGGGCUGCGCGAGCCCGAUGCUCAAGAAGGUUCUCUACUAUGCGAUUUUUUGCCCUCUCUCGGUCGUCGUGCAAUUUGCGUUGUUGCUCUGCGGCGCGAGCGACGCCAAGUAUUUUGCGGCCUCGGAUUUCAACAAGUUGCAGCUGCCGGCGUUUGUGGCCACUUGCGUCGUCGCGGGCUGUGCGCUGCAAGGCACGCAUCUGCGUUCGCUGAGUCUCUCGCUCCAGCUCGUCCUCUGGGUGCUCUCGCUGCAGUAUUUUGAAGUCCACGCGGUCCUUGGCGUCUAUGUCCACCUCCUCAAGCGCAUGCUGCGCCAAGUGCUCGCGAUUCUUGUCCUCUACGUGCCGUGCCACAUUGGCUUGACGCUGAGCUACACGCAGCUCUUCCAGCAUUCGAACGAACCCGCGUACAGCUCAUUUGCAGCCUCGAGCCGGUCGACGUACCUGGUGCUCUUUGGCCACUUUGAUUACGGGCCGUUUGAGCGCCUUGGCUCGACGCUCGGCUAUGCUCUGCUGCUAACGCAUGCCACGAUCGUGCUGCUUUUGCUGGGCAAUAUGCUCGUGGCGACGAUGGUCUCGGUGAUCGACCAGCCGCUGGCGCAGCAGGAGGCGCUUGUGAGUCUGGCCGAGUGUGUGCUCAGGAGCGAAAAAGCUGCGGGGCUCGCCCGGCUUGAAGCUAUCUCGGUCGAGGACGAGCGUCGCCUUUUGCUUUUGCGCGUCGACAGCGAGACGUACGUUGCAAUUGCGAUCGAAGAAGGUCCGUCGCUGCACGACCACGUCGCGUCAAUGCGCUCUGAGCUCGCAGACGCGCGCGCAAUGCACGCCGCGUCGCAAGCCACGCUCGAGCAAUUGGUGACAUUGGUGCAGACAUGGAAAAAGGACAAGUCGCCAUGAAACAUGAGUUCUAUUGGGGCAUGAAUACAAACUACACUGGGA